UCGGGCUGCUGUUACCACCGCGACAGCCUAUAAAGGGCCGAGGAUGCAGCUGUACAGCACCAUCGUCACUCACUACCCAGCGUCGGCGGCGGCAGUGGCGGCGGGAACCAGCGCAGCGAACGGGCCGAGCGUCGUCUUCAAAGUAUCUCCUUCGCCAGAGCCCGGGGGACAAAGCCCGGUGGGAGUCGACAGCGACACGGGAGGCGGCGGCGGCAGUGGAGGUACUUCGAGCACAGUAGGAGUGGGAGCGAGCACGGCCAUGCCUGCCUUCUCUUGCUUGGAGCUACUGCCCCCGACCGGGCCUGUGCAGAGGAAGCAGCCGCAUCAGCAGUCGUCGCCAUGCUACGGCUCCGGCGCGCAAAUGAUCCGCCGCAGGCCGUUGGAAAGGGUCGUGCCCGUCCGGUUGGUGCCGCGCCCGGAGCCCGUCGUCCUGGCGGGGGAGCUGAGCUCCUCGGCGCCGCACGCCCACCCGUGGCUGCUGCUGGAGAACGGCGGGGGCGACAGUAUCGCCGCGGCCGCCUCAGCCCAGCCUAGCUUGCAGCAGGAGCCCAGCAAUCGCGGCCUCCGCUUCAGCGAGCAUUGCCAGGCCUUGCAAGCGGCGGCCGCAGCCGGCACCUACCCAGGCGUCGCCGUUGAGGCGCAGCCCGCCGGUGGCGGCUUGGACUAUUCUGGCUGCCGCCGAGAAGCCGAGUUAGAAGCAGCCGAGGAAGAGAGUUCCUGCCAGGCCCGCCCGACGGAACGCAGCGAGAAGCUGGCGCUGUACCUGGCCGAGGUGGAGAAGCAGGACAAGUACCUGCGGCACAAGAGCCGCUUUCGCUUCCAUAUCAUUCCGGACGGCAACUGCUUAUACCGGGCCGUUUGCAAGGCCAUCAAUGGUGACCAGCGGCUGCAUGGCGAGCUCCGCGAGCAGACGGUGCACUACAUCGCCGACCACCUGGACCACUUCAGUCCCAUCAUCGAGGGCGACGUGGGCGAAUUCCUCAUCAACGCAGCUCAGGAUGGUGCCUGGGCUGGCUACCCUGAGCUGCUGGCCAUGGGACAAAUGCUGAACGUCAACAUCCACCUCACCACUGGCGGCAGGCCUGAGAGCCCCACCGUCUCCACCAUGGCCCACUACCUGGGGCCUGAGGACCCGAGCCGGCGCAGCAUCUGGCUGAGCUGGCUGAGCAAUGGACAUUAUGACGCUGUGCUGGAUCGCCAGUGUCCCAAUCCGGAGUAUGAGGAAUGGUGCAGGCAGACUCAGGUGCAGCGCAGGAGGGAUGAGGAGCUGGCUAAAUCCAUGGCUGUGUCAUUGUCGAAGAUGUACAUUGAGCAGAAUGCCUGCUCCUGAGAUGGGCACUGCUUCUGUUGCCCACUGUCCUGGUGCCUUAAUCUUUCUCUGUUUCUCCAUCCAGUAGGUGUGUCCUUGGCUGAGCAAGAGCUCAAGGGAAACAAACUUAGACUGAGUUUUGUAAUGAGCACUUGUAUAUACCAUCAGAUCCUGGUUAUUUACUGUUUUAUUCUUUUGUAUAUGUUUGUUCUAUUUCUAAUUCACUCUUUUCUAUACAGGUUUUGGGGGGGGGGUUGCACAAUUUUAAAACACCUCUCUUUAGUUUUUUAUUGAAAACAGUAAAACGUUUACUGGGGUUUUGUGUUAAUAUGGCUUGUGACCUAACAGUUGUUAUAUAUUGGCAUUUGAAACAUAUAUACCAUCAUUCUACCACCUUGAAAAAUUGUACUAGCCCAAUGGUUUUUUUCUUUUUAAUUAGAUGAAAGCAAGUAGCUGCUUUAAAAAAUUAACAGUUUUAAAGUAUGCAGUUAACUUUGAACUGGAGGCUUUUAAGAUGAAUUGACCAUUCUGAAGAGCAGGAUUCAGUACAUGGACAUUCCCCGCCCCCAGAAAUGGUACGGACAGUAAUUAAGACUCAUCUUUAUUCAGUUUUUGUCUAGAGUAAGCUUGCUUUCAAUUUAUUACCUGGUUGGUGCCAUCUCUUUUUCUUUUUGGUUUUCAUCUACCCCCUAAUUUUGUUUAGAAUACUAAAGAUAUGAUGAACUUGCUGCUUAAGAAUAGCCUUGAUUUGGGGUCUUGUUCUUUCUGUGAAUACACAUGCCACCUGGCUGUCUUCUGACAGUGCACCAGCAAGUUUAUUUUAUCACAUUUUUCUGUACAUCUUUUCUAACAGCUAAUAAUGGGCUCACUCUGGUAUUAUGUAAAAAUGUAUUUAUACUAAGUUUGUAUGGUUUGCUGGGUCAAACAUUCAAGGUUUUCAAGAUAAAGCUACUCUCUUUAAUUUCCAAUUAAAUUGAAAUGGCUAGAUAUAUUUAUUAAGUAAUGGAGUUUGUACUUUUUUAUUUUGUGACUUUUGAAUUUAUACUGUAUUUGUAUAAUAGGAAUAUUCUUAGCUAUUCUGGAAUAAAUGUAUAGUUUUGCUUGGAA